GUCACCGGGCGCAGGGUCUUCGGUGUGGCGAAGGGGGUAAUGCAUUUAAGCAACAUGUCUCACACACACACACAUACACAUACAACAAGCUGCUUCGCUUUAAUUUUUUCUCAAAUUAAAGCCAGUUUUGCGCGACGAGUUAUUAAAAUGACAGCUGAGUGGUCUCCCGUUUCACUUGAUAAUACAACAAGCGGUUAUAUUACCUUAUGGGACAUUGUGGAAAAAUGUGACUUUGUUACAUAUGUUACUUUAUACUCUAAUAAUAAUAAUAACAACAACAAUAAGAAGAAUACACUGUUAUUCUUCGCCAAGCCCUUUAACCGUCGCUAAAUGACGGUUUCGGUUUCCAUAGUAAUCGAACUAAAUGAACGUCUUCUUCGAACGUAAACUCGGAAAGACCCGAAGUGUGUUCGUUUAAUUAAACGAACAAACCUCGACGACACAUACGGUAGUAGCUUGUUACGUUACUACGAAAUAAUUACUGCUCAAUGACUUCUGCUACGUGUUGCAUUCACGGUCUGGGGCCACAGCUUGGAUUUCAUAUUAACGCUGUAAGCAUAGGAUAUGUAUUAUUUAUCGCCACACGUUAUUUUUGCUUUAAACCGACGGGGUUUCUUGACUUCAGAGAGACAGUCUGGGGCGGACUGGUUGCAAGGGUGGGGCAUUUAGCAGCGGUUUGUUGUUGUUCUGCCUGUGUCCUGACUGUCCUCUGUGACUAGAGGAGAAAUGCUGAAUCAAUAGCCCGGACCAUGACAGAUACACACACACACACACCAAUUUGAAAGUCAUAUCCGCUGGUUAUGACUUAACAACCCGGUGCGGAGAGCCCAAAAAAUAAAAAUAAAAAAUAAACCAGAGCUAGAUUCCCCAGCUUUUGCUCAGACGGUGCUUCGCGCUUUGUUUGGAGCUUUGUCUGUGUACGGCUAGUAAGGCUUGACAAAAGGCGAUGCAUCGAUUUGUGUGACAGAUGGGCUUUUGUGUGAAAUCUGCGACCCACCACCAACAUGACCUCCAGCGUCACACGUAGAGUAGUGCGUACGGGUGGGAGUUGUCUGGUGAAACGCAUUGUUGUGUUGGGGGAUGAGCCGUCCGUGCUGCUGCUGCUGCUUUUUUGCUCCUGGUCGACUGUGGCUAGCGAGCGACUCCAGCCUAUGAAUGGUCCACAAAGCAAAUAACUGUGUGUUCUCUGUGGAACUUGAUAUCGAAACUUCACAGGCACCAAGCAGGCAUCUUUCUCUUUUUACUAGUAGCUGAACAGACCCCAGUAUCGCCCGUUGGAUGAGAACAUUGUGUGCGGAGUUAGAGCCACUUAGCAGGCCGUAUCGCCAUUGCUUUGUAAGGCAGCUGGCUAGCUACCGUCUUCUCCAACUAGCAAAACUGUUCGUGAAUCCGAGCAACACGGAGCGUCAAGAUGAAGAAGAAAGCUCGGCAGCACCGGGUCACGGUGCCGCAGAGGCCGCCGUCUCCCAUCAAGCCUUCGCCCAACAAGCAGAUCUUGACCUACGCCCAGGCUCAGCGCAUGGUGGAGUUCGACAUCGACGGACGCGUCCAUCGGGUCAGCGUAUAUGACAAGCUGGACGUGAUCUCGGACGAUGACCCCAUGGUGCAGGAGAUGAUGGAGUGCACCAGCAAUAAGGAGAACGCUGAGAAACCACAGCAGCAGGUCCUCCUGAGGUCAGUCCGACUAAAAAACAACCAGGAGAAGAGAAACGCGGCACUGGGCAUCACUGGUCACGGAGAGGGAGGUGGACACCAGGCCGGCGUUAACGCAGGACCAAAGCUUCCAGAGCCUAAAUUUCGUACCGUGGAAUAUAAUCUUCCAGCAGUUCCUAAGCGCGGAGCUGCCUUUUAUAAAUACACAGAGAAGACCGAGGAAGAGCUGGAUGAGGAAACAGAGUACGACAUGGACGAGGAAGAUUAUUCCUGGCUGGAGCUGGUGAAUGAAAAGCGGCGAGGCGAAGGGGUCAGCCAGGUGUCUCACAACGUCUUUGAGUUCCUCGUGGACCGCUUUGAGAAAGAGUUGUACCUGGAGAGUCUGGACCAAGGCAGCGAAAAGCAAGCUCCUAUUGACGAGGACGCCGUCUGCUGCAUCUGCGUGGACGGAGAGUGUCACAACAGCAACGCCAUCCUUUUUUGUGACAUGUGCAACGUGGCCGUGCACCAGGAAUGUUACGGCGUGCCCUACAUUCCCGAGGGCCAGUGGCUCUGCAGACACUGCCUCCAGUCAUCCACCCAGCCCGCAGGCUGCAUACUUUGUCCUAACAAGGGCGGAGCGGUGAAAAAGACGGACGACGACCGCUGGGGCCACGUGGUGUGUGCCCUCUGGGUCCCCGAGGUCGGCUUCUCCAACACCACCUUCAUAGAACCCAUCGAUGGCAUCAGCCACAUCCCUCCUGCUCGCUGGAAGCUCACCUGCUACCUCUGCAAGGAGAAAGGCGUCGGGGCGUGCAUCCAGUGCCACAAAGCCAACUGUUACACCGCCUUCCACGUCAGCUGUGCCCAAAAGGCCGGCCUCUUUAUGAAGAUGGAGCCAAUCAAAGAGGUAACGGAAACAGGGGAGCCCACGUUCUCCGUAAAAAAGACGGCCUACUGUGGGGCUCACACACCUAAUGGGUGUGUAAGGAGGCCUCUUACAAUCUAUGACGAUGCCAAACCCAAAAACGGACUAUGUAAGAAGGUGGACAAAGGGAGAGGUACAGGUAAAGGACAGUCAAAAGGGAAGCAGAAGAAGAAGAGUAAGAGUAAGAAGCCUGAGCCCGAGCCUGAGCCUGAAGUUGAGGAGCCAACCCCUGCUGCUGUGCCUACUUUUCCUGCUCACAGGUUACAAACUAUUAUGAACCAGGUGUCAGUCCAGAAGAAGAAAGCCUUUGUGGAGCUGGUCCUAAAUUACUGGACGCUAAAGAGGCAAUCCAGGAAUGGGCUUCCCCUCAUCAGACGCCUUCAAACAAGCCUGCAGUCUCAGAAGAAUGCACAGCCGAGGCAGAAUGAGGAGGAGAGCAGGGCACUGAAGGACCAGUUAAAGGAAUGGCAUCGUCUCCGACACGACCUAGAGAGAGCCCGGCUGCUGCUGGAGCUAAUCCGCAAGAGGGAGAAGCUCAAGAGGGAAGAGAUUAAACAGCAGGAAACCCUCCUAGAGAUGCAGCUGACUCCCUUCAGUAUUUUGCUCAGAGCCCUCUUGGACCAGAUCCAGGCAAAAGACCAGGCCAGGAUCUUCACCCAGCCGGUUGAUGUCAGUGAGGUGCCAGACUACCUCGAUCACAUCAAGCACCCGAUGGACUUCUCCACCAUGCGGCAGCGCAUCGAUGCACAGGGCUACAACAACUUGGAUCAGUUUGAGAGCGACUUCACCCUCAUUAUUGAUAAUUGCAUGAAAUAUAACUCGAAGGACACCUAUUUCUACCGGGCUGCCAUUCGCCUACGAGACCAGGGCGGGGCCCUGCUUAGAAAGGCCCGGCGAGACGUGGAGAGAAUCGGCUUCGACACAGAGAGCGGCAUGCAUCUGCCCGAAGCUCCUGAAAUCAAAGCGACUCCAUCCUUUUCUUGGGAAGACGUGGACCGCCUACUAGUGCCAGCCAACCGUGAGCAUCUUUCUCAGGAAAAGCAGCUGCAGCAGCUACUGGAGAAGUUUGACCUGACCUGUGCCAUGAAGUCCAGCCCCUCCCGCAGCAAGCGCCUAAAGCUCCUCAAAAAGACCAUCAACGAUGUGCGCAACGAAAUGAGCCUAAAGAGAGUCCAUCCCUCCCACCACCACCACCACCACCACCACCACUCUUCUUCCUCCACAACUCCCUCCACAUCAGCGUUGUCUUCAUCAGCUGCCUCCCACCCAGAGCAUAAAAAGCAAGAAGAGAGAUUGAAACCCAAUGGACAUUUUCCAGAUGACGAGGGAGACAAGUCUCUUCCUCCCAAACUGGAGCAUUCAGACUCCAUCCCUCCCCUCAUCCACUCAGACACAGACCCCGAGCCCCCCACCCUCAAACCGAUCGACGCCGCCCCGGACUGCGAAGACAAGACUCUCAGCAAGCGAGUCAAGUUUGACGGGGAAAUACCGGACCUGCUCUCCUCCCCCCCCCACCUCAACGGCUACUCCCACGACAGCCUCCAGAACUCUUUGCUGGACGGAGACGUGAGCGUGGUCGCACGUCGGACCCUCGCCGAGCCCACCGGGCCGCGGUCAACCCGCACCGCCGUGCUCUUCCGCAAGUCGAAGACCGCCAGCCCCACAAGCCCAAGAGGAGGCGGAGACGAGGGGGGCCGCGGAGUCGAAACAAAAGAGGGCAUGGAGGAGGAAGAUGAGGACGGGGCGCAGCUGGGCUCCAAAUCCUUUCCUGUCGGUGGUUCCAUACGGCUGGAGACGCUCUCCUACACAGCAAGAAGAGGAAGCACAUGCGAGCAUGAAGAGGAGGGGGAGUCCCCUGUGAAACGACUUGACACUGGCCUGUCAAGCGGUUUUCUGGAGGUGGAAGAGGAGAAAGAGCUAGAAGACUCCAGUCGAGCCAGUAGACCUGUGGAGCCACGAAGACGCUGUGCCUCUGAGUCCUCCAUCUCCUCAUGUAGCAGCCUGCCAGGAAGCACCAGCACUAUUCUCAGUCUUCCAAAAUGUGGGAAGGGGAAACCCGCCUUGGUCCGGAGAAACACUGUGGACGAUAAGAGCGAAUUAAUCGCCUGCAUCGAAACCGGCAAUUUUGCAAAAGCUGCUCGAAUCGCUGCCGAGGUUGGCAACAGCAAUAUUUGGAUGCCCGCUAGUGCUGCAACAGUUGCAUUGGAACCCCUAAAGCUAGUUUGGGCCAAAUGUAGUGGAUACCCUUCCUACCCUGCCUUGAUCAUCGACCCCCACAUGCCACGUGUAGGCUGCCAGCACAACGGGGUGUCCAUCCCCAUGCCCCCCAUGGACGUGCUCCGCAUUGGAGAACAGAUGCAGUACAAAGCCGAAGAGAAACUCUACCUCGUCCUCUUCUUCGACAACAAGCGCAGCUGGCAGUGGCUUCCUAGAUCCAAGAUGGUUCCUCUGGGAAUGGACAAAACCAUAGACAAAAUCAAAAUGAUGGAAGGACGCACAUCCAGCAUUCGCAAGGCUGUCCAGAUCGCCUUCAGCCGCGCCAUGAACCACCUGAGCAUAGUGCAGGAUGAGCCAGUCAGCGACCUCAGUGACGUGGACUGAUGACGUUCGACCGACUCUCUCCCCUCACAAACACACACACACACACAAACUUGUACCUCUCCUGUACCAAAAACCUUCCUCCACCCCACCCCACCCUUCUCUCUGUCUCUGCAGGAGACUCAAAUGUUUACUGGGCACCUGCUGUAACAGGUGGUGUCUCUUCCUCAUCCAUUCCUACUCGCACACACUCCUACCAUGUGCCGAUGGGAUACGGCUGCUGCUGAAAUGAAUGUGUCUAUCUAUCCUCUCCACCUCCAGGCUUAUAACUGUGCUUAGAGACUGCUCUUUCUUUGUCUGCACCGCCUCUCACCCCUCACUCCACCAAUCGAUUUUAUUCAUCAUUUUAAGGCAAGAAAAAAAUAAAAGUUUGUACAUUUUGGUAUUUUGGCCUUACCAAACGUGUCAGGACUUUGCAGUAAGAACCUAAAAACCGACUGUUCCAUGUUCACUGCGCCGUUUCUUUUAACUCUGUUAUUUUGGCAGGUCGCCGAUCAUCAUUUCCAUUACAAGCUGUUAAAGAAAGAAGCAUCUAGUAGCUGGUAAAUUUGCUAAAGCGGACAAAAACGUACAUUUCCUGCCUACAUGAAGGCUUUUCUGUUGUGUUGUAGCCAAAGGAUUUGUUUAUGUCAAGGUUACAUUUACAUAUUGGUCGUCUCCAUUAACAAAUAUCCUCCUUUGUAUUUAAACUGUAAAUAAUCUGUACAGUUGCCUGACACUAACUUAUUUUGUAGUUUUGACAUAAAUGAGUACUGUACAGGAGUUUUUCUUAGUAUUUAUACUUGAUGCAUUCUUGGCACUGAAGAGUGAGUGCUAUUUUGACAGUGCUGUAUGAUCCGGAAGAAUAAAAAGUGUGAAAGCCUUAGUAUUAAGGAGAUUAGGGCUAAAAUGUGUUUCUGCAAAGUAUGAAAGUAUUCCCUUUUUCAUUUUUUCUUUUAAGUUAUUGAAGUUUAUAAUCGUAAGCUUCCAUUUGGCAUUAAUCCUUUUUGUAUAAAAAAAAAAUAGUUUUCGUAUAUUUUUGUUCAUAUAUAUUUAUAUGAUUUGGAUACACGGUAAUACAGUAUGUAAAGUCUCUGCAGUUCAUACAGGCAGUCUGAUGUUGUGGACACGGAACAUACAUUGUUCUCAAGAAACCAAAAAUGUUGCUACCCAGAAGUUUUUUGCUGAUUAAUUUUCUGUGUGAUGUGUGAAAUUGUUGCCAAAAAAAGGAAAAAAAAGUAAAAGUGUAUUUUUAUGUGAUGCAUUCGACUGUUACUUGGUUUCGCUGUAGUCGUAGGGAGAUGUGCCUGCGUUAACUUAUUGUAAAGUAUUUGCAUUACUUUAUAUUCAAGGAAAGACGUGCAAACUGAUUGUGGUAAAGUGGCACAUUUUGUGGUGGAUACUUGCCUUCUUUUUAAGUAACCUUUUCUAACUUUUUUUGUAGUAGUAGACUUCAAGACAUUUCAUUUUAUACUCCUACGCCUAUUUUUUCUGGGUAGCAUUGGGUAGUUUUGGUAUAUUUCAUUUUGUACUUAACUGUAGUAGUUUUUUUAAUCAGGUCAUACAAAAUAUUGCUGGGACUGUUUUUUGUAGCAAAUCAAAAAAUAAAAGAUACAAAUAUGAAUA